AUGGGAAAAACCCAACAAGCCAUGGGAUCACACAAAGAGGUCUCUCACCCCCAUGUUACACCAGUAUCUCUCCGCUCAGAAGAGGCUUUCAACGGCAUGGACGCUAUCUCUCCAACCUUCUCUGCUAACAACAGCCAUUUGGCUCAGACAGAUAGAGAAUGUAUGCCGAUACUACAGGCUCUGCACACGUGUGCUGAUUUGGCAGCCACCAACAGUAUUUUACAGGCUUCAUUCAUGGACAACAUUCAGGCCCUCCUUGAGGACUUACAAGGCCUCGGUGACUGCGUGGACCAACCUGUGAUCAGUUUCAAUCUGCACAAACUCAGUCCUAUGACACCAUCCAACAGCAAGAUGAAUACCUCAGGUGCCUGGCAUUUGACGAGGAUUUGGACAACCAGCGAUAACUUGUGCCGCUGA